GGUCAGUGGCUAUUUGCGAGUAUGACAUGAUUGACUAAUCAUGUAGUCAUCAACUCACAUCAAUCUCAAGGUCACCUGCUUCCAAGUCACUCAAAUUCACCAAAGUGGUCGUUGUCAUGUGAUCUAGCGAUAUCGCGAUAGCGCAAGCUAGGCUCGGACGCGUCGAAGCAUCACCUUUCAACCUGCCCAGGGCGCAACAUUGAAGUCCUCUUCAACCAAAGCCUCGAGAUGACCUCCCGCAAUCGUCAUUCGACCUCAAGACCGAUCGCCAGUCGCCCUUCCGUCGCUCCUACUCCUAGUCGAACUGCAACAGAAGAGCUACCACCGUACAAGAAACCCUCUCAUCCACUCGACGCCGAAGCAACAAGAGCGCUUCGAGACCUCCAAGGUCGCAGCCUCAACGAUGUCAAGCGGCACAAUACGCAGGCUGUGACAGCUAUUAGAAGCACAGCAGAAAGCGUCAAUGACAUGCUACGCGACCACGCCCACUACCUCGAGCGGCGGCAGAAGAAGUGGGAUGCGGGCAAGAGUCUCGAUGAUAAAGAGGAAGAAGAGCAGACGAUGAAAGAGCUGCAGCAGAAAGUCGAUGAGGCUACUGCGAAGCUGGAGGAGAGCAUGCGGGCAAUGGUUGAUUCGGGGAUGGCUGCGCAGAGGAUCGAUCAGACGCUCGACUGGCUGAGGCAGAAUGCACCAAGGCAUCUCGAAGAAGAGUACCAUACGCAGGUGACGCAGCGCGCCACACAGCGACAGUCACAGAGCCAGGCAGAGAGUCAGCGACGGCGCACGCAGGGCGCGGAUGGCGACGAAGAGAUUGACGACGCUCCCACACCCGGUCCCACUCCCCUCGACGGGUCUCGCGUAGCACUCACCGGAGCCAGCGAACUCUUCACAUCACGCAUGCAGAGCCAGAAAGAUUCCUAUACAGCGCUCUCUCUCACGGCGCGCUAUGCCCGCAAUAACGAUUACCGCGAUUUCAAGCGGAUCGUGCACGAUGCCAAAUACGGCGACGACGGGCCUCCGCUCGGCCACGAAGACACAUGGUUCACUGAGUCGGGCUCGCCAGCCCCGGGAAUCACAGACAGCACGCAGCGAGGGGACUUUGACGACGAUGACGAUAUCGUGGUAGACAAGGCGACAAUCAGCACACGCUGUCCACUUACGUUCCAACAGUACAAGGAGCCAUAUACGAGUUUCAAGUGUCCGCAUACAUUUGAGAAGAACGCGGUUCUAGAUAUGAUUCGGACGGGGCCACAUAGAAUCGGUGGAGCAAGGGCGAUUGAGUGUCCUGUUCCUGGAUGUGGGCAGAUGCUUACCUCGGACGACCUGCGUACCGAUGCGAUUCUCGUCCGCAAAAUCAAGCGCAUACAACAAGCCGAAGCCGAAGAGGCUGAGGAGAGCUCGGACGACGACGAAGUACAGGCCCCUCGCCGGUCCGCUCAAAAUGCCGAUGACAGCGAUGUUGCGCCUCAUUCAGCCUCUAGGGUGCAGGUCCCUUCGUCCCAGCAGCGACCGCGGGCAAGCAAUUUUGAGGAUUUGGGGGAUCCGAGCGAGAGCGAUGAGGAUAUGUAGUAUGGGUCAUCCAUGGCGUUUUGAUGUGUGGGAAGAUACGGAGAAGUGAUACCCGCUGGUGAAUGUAUGCUUGGGGCAUCAUCCCACACGAUAUUAUGUCCAAUAGCAAGAUGUGUGACACUACCUCUUUAUGAAUCAACAAUUACAUAUUUAGGCUGUUGAAUGAACAUCUCAAUGUCAACAAGCAAAACAAACCACCAAAAGAUGUAUCACAACCCCCAUAUCCCGAUCAUUUAUCAACAGCUGUGAAGCAUGGAAUAAAUAUCGGCAAUACCUAUUCC